AUGAGGGGUUUGAUGUCAGAAAAAGAGACUUUGGCACAGGAGGGGAAUACUUUAAAAUUAGAGAGAGGUUCCUUGUUGUCAAAACUUCUAGAGUUGGAAUCAAAGAUUUCAUUAAUGCAACGUGACCAAGAACAGCUUUGGACAAUAAACGAAGAACUUAAUUCAGAAAAUAAAAAAAUCGUCAAGCAGAAGGAAGAAGCUGAGGCCAAAAGCCAGCAGGACAGCACAGAAAAGGUAGCACUCAUUUCUGAGAAAACCAAAUUACUCUCUGAACUAGAGGCAGUCCGGGCGGACCUUCUGAAGAUAACUCAAGAAAAUGAUGCUCUCCGGUCUUCGGAGUCAACCUUGCUCCAACAGUUGAAAGAACUUCAGGCCAGCAAAGAUGUCGUGGAUGUGUUAUAUCAGAAACGUAUCGAGGAAUGGGAAGAACUGGAGAAUUGUCAGAAGAAACUUUUGGAAGAGAAAGAUGCAGUUGUUAAAGACAAAGAUGAUAUUAUUCAGAAGCUGGAAAUCUCUAGUGAGGCCUUGGCCAGAGAUCAAAGAGAGCUACUCCAAAAAGUGUCAACUCUGACUGCAGAGAGAGAUUCAGCCCUAGGUAAACACUCAGAUCUUAAAAACACACAUAUAGCCUUAAAAAAUGAAAUGAACAGUCUGUUGCAGACUAGUCAGAGCCUGCAGUCCGAGAAGGAGAUGCUCUGUAAAAGCGUAGAAGAGCUGCGUGCGAGUUUAGACCAUACGGUUAGUGAAAACCAAGCAUUAAAAGAGAGAACAGAAGAGAUGCAAACAGAGCUAGAGACCGAACAUAAAGAACGUAAAACAGUGAUGAAAGACAACACGGAGUUGAAGGAUUCCCUUGCUAAUCUCUCUCAUCUUCUUGAGGAAAUGAAAGCCUCAAGAGAGCGGUCCCAUUCUGAAUGUAUUCAGUUGCUUCAAGAGAAAGAGGCUCUUUCUUCGUCAGAACGAAGGCUUCUGGCUGAAAGGGAGGAACUUUUAAAUGAAAAUAAGGCAAUUACUGAAAAGCUUGCUAAGGCCACAGCAGAUGCCACACUUGCUGAGAGAGUCUUUACUGAGAAAAUAAACAAACUGAACUUAGAAAAGGAAUCUGUUUUUUGUAAGUUGUUGCAAUUUGAAAAGCACAAUGAAGCUCUUCUCCAAGAGAAGAAUGAAUUGGAGAACAAAUACUCAGAGCUUCUUGAAGAAAACGAGUCUUCUGCAAAUGCAAUUUCUGAUAUGAAGAGAGAACAUGAACUGGACAUCUCCAUCAAGACAGCUCUGGCCCAGGAGAACACCGUGCUCCAAGAUUCCAUUGAAGCCCUCAAGGAAGAACUAAGUAAGAAGACUCUAGAAAAUCAAGAGCUGAUAGCCUGUAAACACGACCUUUCAGAUCUUCUGAAAGAGGCCCAGGAUGCCAAAAGAACAUUAGAAGAUGAACUGACUGCUGUAUCACAUGCCAAGCAGGUCCUGUCAUCUUCAUUCAAGACCUGCUCCUCUGAUAGGGAAAUGCUGACCCGAGAGAGGGCUGAGUUGCAAGAUAAGUGUCAGAAAUUAAAUGGAGAGGUUGCGAUUAUGAAAGAAAACCUGACCAUAGAACAGGAAGCUAGAAAACUAGACAAGGAAUCAUUUUUGUUGGAACAGAAAGAAAAAUCUGAAGCUAAACUGGUGGAAAUAAUUAAAGAAAAAGAAACCCUUUGUGCGGAGACAGAGCGGCUUGCUUCCAGUGUCGAACAACUGAAGAGUGAGUUUGCUUCUGUGUCUAAAUCAAAAGCAGAGCUCCAGGACAUGCACAGCUGUGUCUCCAAGAGGCUGGAUGAUCUUCAACACAGGCAUGAGGUGAUGGAGGAGGAGAGAAUAAAGUUACUUCAGGAAAAUGACAGCUUGCUUGCUGAACAGAGGAGUCUGGUCAUCAUUAAGGAAGAAAUACUAAAAGAGAAGGAGAAAUUCUCCAAGGAUUAUUAUAAACUGCAUGAGGAAGUGGCACUUUUAGAACAAACUAAUAAUGACCUCUCAGGCAAAUUGCUGGUCUCUCAGGGCAAAAAUGAGACGCUGCAGGAAGAGAUGAACAAUCUGGCUUUGAAACUAAAAGAAAUUGAAACUCUCCAGGCCCAAACAGUAGCGCAAAAACUUGAGGUAUUGAAACACCUAUGUAGAUAA